AUGUUUUCAAUGAUGUUUUGGGUAGCUUUUGUGUUGAUCAUUUUAUCAGGAGCUUGUUUGAGUAUUGUUGAAGGAAAACCACAUAGGAUUCUUUUGGAUACAGAUGUUGACACUGAUGAUUUAUUUGCUCUACUAUAUCUUUUGAAGCUCAAUACAUCAGAGUUUCAUCUAGAGGGAGUGAGUUUGAAUGCAAAUGCUUGGACUAAUGCUGGUCAUUCUGUGAAUCAAGUUUAUGACAUACUUUACAUGAUGGGGAGAGAAGAAAUUGCAGUUGGAGUGGGAGGUGAAGGUGGAAUACUCCCUAAUGGUACCAUACUUGAAGAUGUUGGUGGAUAUCUUCCAAUUAUAGAACAGGGAAUGACAACAGCAGGAAAUUGCAGAUAUCGGCAAGCCAUACCUGUUGGUUUUGGAGGCCGCUUGGAUGUCGAUACUAACCUCGGCAUUCGUAGAGCUUUUCUUCCGCAAGGAAAAAGGAGAUAUAGGCCGCUGCAACAACCAACUGCUCAGAAUGUGCUGAUUGACAAAAUAUCUGCAGGUCCUAUAACUCUGAUUGUGAUUGGAGCACAUACAAAUAUAGCCAUUUUUCUCGAAAAUAAUCCGCACCUAAAGAAGAACGUGGAACAUAUUUACAUCAUGGGCGGUGGGGUAAGAUCAAAAAAUCCCACUGAGUGUUGCCCGAUAAAUUCUUCCUUUUCUUGUUUACCAAGCCAGUGUGGUGACAUUGGCAAUUUGUUCACAAAUUAUAAAGCUAAUCCUUACGCAGAGUUCAACAUAUUCGGAGACCCUUUUGCAGCAUAUCAGGUCAUUCAUUCUGGUAUUCCUGUUACCCUUGUUCCUCUUGACGCAACAAACACAAUCCCCAUCAAUGAACAAUUCUUCGAAGAAUUUGAAAAUAGUCAAGACACAUUUGAAGCACAAUACUGUUUCAAGUCAUUGAAAAUGACCCGCGAUACUUGGUUUGACAGUAAUUUUUAUACGAGUUAUUUUAUGUGGGACUCUUUCACAGUUGGCGUAGCAGCUUCAAUCAUGAGGAACUCUAAUAGACACAAAGGAGAAAAUGAAUUUGCUGAAAUGGAGUAUAUGAAUAUAACUGUAAUUACUUCAAACAAACCUUAUGGCGUAUCAGAUGGCUCCAAUCCAUUAUUUGAUGGCCUCAAAGUUCCUAAAUUCAAUCUCAAGAAAGGUAGUGUCCAUAGUGGUCACAUUCAACAAGAACUAGAAGAUCCAUUUUGCUUUGUUAAGAAUGGCACAGGGAAAUGUCAGGAUGGUUACACAAAGGAGGUCGACGGUCAAGACUCGGUGAAGAUACUUGUUGCCACAAAAGCAAAGCCUAACAAAGAUAAAAAGAGCUUACUUGACAGAGAAUUCUUCAUAAGCUUCUUAAAUAUUCUAAAUCAACCACAACAGGCUGGGAGGUUCAGUUUCACUUCACAGUUUCCUUACUAUGAAGAAAUAACUUAUAAGCCAGAUUUCGAAAACAAAGUACUAGGGAAACCUGUUGUGUUCGACAUGGACAUGAGUGCAGGAGAUUUUCUUGCACUAUUUUACCUCCUUAAAGUUCCUGUUGAAGUCAUCAACCUUAAGGCAAUCAUUGUAAGCCCAACAGGGUGGGCAAAUGCAGCAACAAUAGAUGUAAUAUAUGACUUACUGCACAUGAUGGGUCGCGAUGAUAUCAAAGUCGGUAUUGGUGAUUUUUUCGCGAUGAACCAAUCAAACCCGAAUUUUCCACCGGUUGGAAGUUGCAACUAUGUUAAAGCUAUACCUCAUGGAAAUGGUGGGCUUCUUGAUUCUGACACUCUAUUUGGACUAGCUCGUGAUUUGCCUCGUAGCCCUAGAAGGUAUACAGCAGAAAGUUCCGUGAAGUUUGGAGCUCCUAGAGAUACCGAUCACCCUGAACUCAGACAACCACUAGCUAAGGAAAUCUGGGAGUCGAUAUUGCCGACAUUAGAACCAGGGUCUAAGAUUACAGUAUUAACUAAUGGACCUUUGACUAAUUUGGCAAAAGUUGUAUCAGUUAAAAACAUAAGCUCCAAAAUUCAGGAAGUUUAUGUGGUGGGAGGACAUAUCAGCAAGAGUGGCAAUGACAAGGGAAAUCUCUUUUCUGUUCCUUCCAACAAUAUCCAGCGCAAAGCAAGUUCUUUUACAAGUACUUUAAACUUGUUUAGAAGGACACAAAAAACACCCGAGGCAGUAUUUUCCAAACGCCUGCUUUCAAGGCUACUGCGUUUGAAGAAAUCCCACCAAAGAUAUCAACAUAUGGAUACAUUCAUGGGGGAAAUUGUAGGUGCUGUUAUUCUAGCAAAUGGCCAUUCAAGUGUUGUAGAUGCAAAAUUUGAGUCCAAAUUUGUGAAGGUAUUUGCAGAAGGGGUUGAAUCCAGUGAUGGAAAAAUGGUGGUGAAAGAUAAAUAUGGUAAAUUAGUGAGAAUUCUAAGUCAUUUUGAUGUGAAGACUUAUCAUGAGAUAUAUGUAAAGAGACUAGGUGAUCCAAACCAAUCAGCUAAGAUAGGAAGCUUCGAAGAACAGAAGAGAAAAUGGAGUUGUCCACAUGCUUAA